GGUCAGCGAGAUUGGUAGGAAGUUGGUCAAAACAAAGAGAGACAUCGGAGAAAGAAAUCAGAAAUGCACCGUCCGCGUUUAAAUCAGAUGUCUGGACUUAUUUUGGAUUUUUUAACAAGGAAGGGAAGAAGGACAUGGAUAUGACACAUGGAUAUGACUCAGUCGCUGCGUUUUUUCUCCGACACAGCCGUGCCCAAGCUCUACAGAGAAGUGAAGCUUAAAGUUGAGGAAUCUUUGAGUACAGCAGAAAGAGUUGCAUUAACUUGCGAUGCGUGGACGUCAAGCGCAGUGGAUUCCUAUGUGACUAUAACAGCACAAUAUCUCACAGAGGACGGGUGACUGCUGUCUCACGUUCUCCAAACUAGAGCAGUACACGUAAGUCACACCGGGGCAAACAUUACAGACCUCCUGCUAAAUGCAGCACAAGAAUGGGGGAUUGCCGACAAAAACCUGGUGGUUGUAACCGACAACGCUUCUAACGUGGGCGUUGCCGUUCAUUUAGCGGGAUUCCUGCAUGUGAAGUGUUUUCGCUCACACCCUCAAUCUGGCCUCACAACGGGCUUCAUAUUCAAAUCCAAACAAAUAUACCUGAGUGAAUAGAAUAUAAAAGACUGCCUCAAAUGAACCUCUCGCUCUGCGGCACAUCGAUUUCUGUUCAAAAGCUUGUUCUGAACCGAUUGUUUAGGACUACCCAAUGUAACAAAAACAGAUUCAAGACAUUUCAUUAAUUCACUAUGCGUCCAUCCAAGAGACAAAAUUCAAUGUCAUAUUAACUUCCACUUCUGGAAGUUGAUAUGACAAAUGCGCGAUGGAAUCAAUUUUAUAGAAUAAAUGAUGAUGUAGCAGUCAGUUGUUCAGUCUGAGUACAUUGCUCAGUCAGUCAAAUGCACUGCUGCACCCAAAGGGAGACCCUCUGGGCAUCCUCUCUGGCACCAUCUUGCUUUGGAAAGCAAGAAAUAUGGUCUGUUUUUUUUUUCUUGAUGUUGGGACCUUGUGCUCGGACCAUUUAUUUGCCUCAACCCAGCUGAUGCAAACGCACAUAAUUCACAUUCCAUUUGUUGCACAUUUCUAAAGUGGCUUAAAAUUCACUUGAUUGUGGUCAAAUAAUCGUGAUCAGGCGAUCGUGUCAUAAUUGAACAGGCCUUGUUAAUAAUCUAAAACUGAUUUAUUAAGCCUGGGCGAUAAAACGAUAGCGAUAUGUACUGCAAUAGUUAAUCAAUAGUAAUAAGUCAAAUUGUUCAAUAGUUUCACUUUCACUUGGAGCUGUAGUUUAGUUUAACCAUAUGCGUUUGUUCCACUAACGGGGCAGUACGUCCAUGUAGGGUUACAUGCUUUGUUUGACUAAAGUGUCAGAAACAAGAACAUGAAUGGGAGCCGCCCCCUGCUCUCCUCUGCUCAUCAUUUUCUGUUGUUGUUUUUGUCAAAGCAAAAAAAAAAACAUCUCAAAACGCAAUACAAGGCUCCAGACUAACUUUUUUGUGGACUUGUAGAGUCAAAUGUGUGAAUUAUGUUUUGCUCUUUUUAUAGUUCUUUAAAGUCAGCUCAUACAGCAUGCCUCUUACUAUGCCAGUAUUGACAAUUUUUUUUGUUUUGCAGGUCUGUAACGAUAUCACGCUGCCUCUGUGAUUCAGCUGCUGUGACUGUGGCAUUCAGGGCUGCUGAAUACUAAAAUAGACUGUGGGCCAACACAAGAGCUCUUCUCGGGAAACACACAGACCCAGUCAGAGCUUCCACAACUCUUCAUCACCGCAGCCCUUUUGGGGUUGCUAUGGCAGCUGCUGUCACAGAAACCAAGUGCUGGACACAAGCUUGCCCCAGUGAGGCAGGACAGACCACUAGUCAUUGCCACAAGAGACCAUCAAACGGUCAACAAACAGCUCUUAGCAUUAAUUCUAGCACUCUAAGUUAACAAAACGACAAGAGGUCUGUAGGCUGAUGGUCAGCUCUCUGGAGGAUCCUCAUGAGUCUUGCCUGUGUCUGCUCCGGCUCUUGGCCAGAGUCCCUGUGCAGCAGCAGAGCCAGUACUGUUCCUUCUGUUAGACCAUGUUUCACCAGCAGGACCAUCUGAAGAGCCAGCUGCAGGAAAGCCACCCAGCCAGCAGGCAGCUCUUCCACUGCCAGGAGUGUGGAAAGCAGUACAACACCCAGCUGGGUUAUAGACGCCACCUGGUGGCAGCCCACAGCGCUGCAUCAGGCCUUCCCUGUCCAGAGGGGUCGCCAUCCCUGCUGGAGCACCUGGGCAGCCAUAUUGACAGGCUUCCACCAUCAGAGGGCAACUCAAACGAUACUGUGCCUGUGAGAGAGAGAAAGUACUCGUGUGAGCGAUGCGACCGCCGAUUUUACACCCGUAAGGAUGUGCGACGUCACGCUGUGGUGCACACUGGGCGCCGUGAUUUCUUGUGCCCGCGCUGUGCACAACGCUUUGGCCGCAGAGACCACCUGACUCGCCAUUUGAAGAAGAGUCAUGCCCAGGAGUCAGGGUUGAUGCCACCCUGCACACCCAGCAGCACUCCUGUGGCUACACCGACCCCUGCCACCCAGUGCCCAGUGAAGGAGGAGCCUAACCCUGUGGCGUCUGAUAUCAGCUCCAAGGAGCCCAUGGAGACUUUCUCCAGGGACAUGUACAACUCCUACCCCAUGGCCAAUCCUGUCCCUGGAAUGGGCCACCCUCAUGGCCUCAUGCAGGGCUCCUUGUCCUCGAGUAUGGGUGUGGCUCGCCACAUGCCCCCUCAAUCUUCUCACCCCCACCACCAUCACCUUCAGCCCCCGGUGGCUCCGCAGCAGCAGCCCUACGGCAACAUGGCCAGGUACCAGCACGGAUCUACCUCAUACCCUCGCGCAGACGUGGACAGUUUCCUGCUGGACCUGCAGAGUGCACCCCCACCUCACCUGAGUGCAGUCAACUCCUCUACCUCUACUUCUGCCUCCCCUCAGAGGGAGGUGCUGGGUGAAGGCGUGGGUGCUGGCGGUGAACCCCACCUAUUGUCCAGGAGCCCCGCUAUCUCCUCAACCGAGCUGUCCUGCACCACUAACAUGGACCUGGGGCCUCUGCUGGGCUUCCUUCCUUUUAGCCUGCCUCCCUACAGCCCUCACAUGGGGAUGGGGGGGUUAGUGAUGAGCUAUCCACCCACCACCACCACUUCCCCUCCAUCAUCUUCCUCUGGGCUGUCGUCCCAGGCACCAGGGCCUUUCACCUUCUUCCAACCUCCACAGGCUCAUGUACCACAAGGCCCCGGAGCCCAUAACCACAGCCAGCUACCUCAGGCAUACAGCAGUCCUGCUAUGAGCACUUCCAGCUCCCUACCUCACUACUACCAGGCCUUUCAGCAGUAAGCAGCUCUGUCCCUACAAAUGUUGCCUUCACACGUGCUCAUGCCUUUUUACGAAAAGGGUAAAACAUGAGAACGGCAUCUUUAUUGUAAAACAAGUGUGUGACUUUAGCCUGUCAGUGCUAAUUAUGCUAAUCUUAGUUUUUUUUUGUUGAACACAACAAAUCACCUCAUCAGUAUUACCUCAUUAUUUAAAAGGAAGCUUGAACAUUUGAGGAAAGGUGGUCUCACUUCAACCAAAGUAGAGAAGUACUUCUUUUUGUCAGACCUGUUACCAACAGUGGAUGCACUUAACACACUCGUCACAGGUGCUGCACCGUACUGAGAGUUAUCCAGUUUUAGGUUGUCAUCGAAGAUGCUACUGUUUUAAGGAAAGUCACCUUCCUUAUGGACGCUGACUUGAGAUGUUCUCAUUUUAGAAUAUUGGAUCAUGAGCAGCCUUACAGAGUUGAAGAGAAAAGUUGAUGUAAGAUGUUUCGUGUAGUGAGUAUGUGCAAAAAACAAUAGAGAAUGCAAAUGGCACUGUCCGUAUUUCAUAUCUGACUCACUAAAAUAUGCAGUAAAGAGCUUACCAUCCAGCAUCACACCCACUGAUGUGUCCAAGUAUAUCAGCAGACGGGAAAUGACCGUUGAUGAAAUAACCAAAUGUUAUCAUCAACCAUUGUUUCAAGUAAUGGAAAUCUAACCUUUGUCUGUCAGAAUGUGGCCUAUUUUGAAGUGUCCGUAAGUGCAGCUAAUAGCAGUUACAGUAAACAAUAACUGUAAAGCUUGACUGCACUUACUAUUAUUAGAAAAACUAGUAAAUCGAAAGUGUAACACAAUGUUACUGAAAGUGAACUGCAACAGCGUUUGAGUGUGGGUAAACCUUUUAACAAAAAACGAUUCCAAUGUUGUGUUGAGUGAACAGUUAACAUAGUAGUUACUGUUCAGACGGAGAAGUGUGGCUUAGAACCUGUUCUUUAUAAUGUUAUUACUGUAUCUAAUAUACUGCAGUUUUUGUGACACUUCAUGGAUCACCUGCUAACUACAAGUGGCAACCAAUGGGGCUGCUCGAUAUAUUUCAGCAUCGACAUUGCCAUGUUUGCAACACGUCAUGCUACAACUUUUUUGCUGCUUGAUACAAAAGGAAACGUCCCACAGUUCUCAUUUUUCAUGACUAAUCCAGUGUUUCCCAUUAAUUAGUAGGCCCGCCACAGUUUCAUAAUCAACUGCAUAUAUUUUUACACUUCUGUACUAGGGAUUGUUACGAUUUUGAUUCUAAAUCAAAUAUCUAUCAAAAUGAGCUUUCAAUUUCGACUUUUCAAAGUGAAAAGCAGGAUUGGCGAUUGGCCCAGUAUUUUUUUUUACCUCCAUCCCCGCCUACUUGGCGCGUCCAAAGAAACAACAACCAGUAAGACACUUGAUAGAUGGCACAGAGUAGCCCACCAGUUGCCUGCCCUGCAGCUACACUUUUUGAGACACCAAGGCUACUCAUCGAGUCACAGAUGACAGAGAAGCAACAGAAGUGUAAAAUCCUGCUUCCCUGAAGUCACGUGUUGCAUUUUUGCCAACAUGUAAAGAAUAAAUGUGUUUGUGGGUUGUAGAGGAUUUAUGGACUGCAGCAACGAGUCUGGCUGCCCCAACUCCCCUGUCAAAAAAGUCAAAUCAAACCGUGGACUUGGAGAAUUGCCUUGCACCCCUAUUCUUGCAAAUUUGGGUCCGCUUUUGCCUGGGGGAGUUAACUCAGUGGGUCAGAGAUGGCCGUUGGGUGUGCGAGGAUCCUCCACGGCGGUGUUGAAUGGCCCCGGGUGGAGGCGACUGGCGGCUCCAGUUGUGAGCUAUUUAGCACCGUGGACUUGGUGCUGGCUGGGCCCUCCUCAGCAUGAGGGGUCUAUGGUGAUGUCGGCAUCACACCUGACCGGUCUUGAAACAUGAAGCCCGCCUCGUUAACAAUACAUUACAGGUGUGACUUUUGUGCUGUCAUCACCAUUCAUAUCUCAACAUCGUGUUUUGUAAUUAAAUUGUUUAGGCUACUAGAGCACAAAAUUGUUUACAAGAGCACAACAUUGUUUAUCUAGCCUCUUAAAAUGCACCAAACUGAUGCAUUCAUCUUUAAAAUGUAUAAAAUUGAGAGUGAAUAUUCCCGUGUAUUUACAUAUCGCAGUAUAUAUCGCUGAAAAAUGAAAAUAUUCCUUCAGACUUUUGCUUUCAGUCACAACUCGUCUCUCUCCUCCGGCGAUGCUGUAGCAUCCUCGGUGUGUUUCGGCCCCAGAGAGCAGUGCAGCAACUGUUUGUCCUCCAAUCCAUUCAAUCCGCCGUGUUAAAAGGUCAAACCGUGAACUCUGAAAUGUACAUUUGCUGACACUGCAAACCAGGUCACUGAUCUUAGAAUGGCUGCCUGUCCCACAAAAUGCAUAAAAACACUCGUUUGAGACUGUGGGGAAAAGAAAAUAUAAAAUGUUUGUCACGUUCUAGUUCACCUGUUUGCUCACAUAGUAAGAAACAAAAGCGCUUUGCAAUAUGCUGAUCGAGCUGUUUUUGAGAAGAGGUCAUCCAGCCCUUUUUCACAUAUUUUCCAUAAUGGAAGGUGGCAACCCUAGCUACACAAUGUGACUUGAGAACAGCAUUGUGAUGAGGCAAAAAGAAGUCUCAAAGCUCUCGCUGUUUCCGGUUUUGUUCUUUACAAACUGGACCACUGGGUCUGAGCAGGUUGUAACUGUGACGUGCUUGCUGUGAAUUUCUGACUUUAUUCCUAAAUAGAAUGCAGCAUAGAUUCCACAAGGGCCUUCAAGAGCACUUGUUCCUAUUUCCUAGCUUUUACUAUGUAUUGACACUAAUUUCUCCACAAGGUUGUGGAUCUCAAGAGUAUCUGAUAUAAUUAGGACUAAAAGGUGACACCCCCCCCCCCCAUCCCAUCCCAUCCCAGCCCAGCCGCCUCCUCAGGAAAGCCAGACAAGGGAAGCAGUUGAGGGAGUGUUGGUCUGUUGAGAUCAAGGUUCCUUUACUGGAGUCACAGUGCAGCAUGGCAAGAAUAAUUCAUCUAAACCAGCAGCCUUCCGACAAUGGAUGAUCAGCUCAAGAAAUUGGUCAAGUGUAGUGGAGAUGGAGAAGUUCUCCAGCUGGAAGUUGUGAGUGAUGGAUGUGAUAUUGGAAAGAAGAUCUUUGAGAGAGAGAUUCAGAUGAUUCUCAUUUCUGCCUUAACUCCAAGAACUGUAUGUUGAAGGACUUCUUUCAUUUUAACCAUCCAAGUGUUGCACCAAUGUCUUAAAAUACUACUGUUGUGCCUCUCUAAGAGUGUCUAAUGUCCUGACUGGGUUUAAGCACUUAAUAACAUUUCUAAAAAAAAAGAUGAAUUUGAUCUGUACCUCAAACACACAGAACUGUGGGUUUUUGUUUUCAUUUGUAUUUGCUUCUAGUUAUUGUGGCUCUUACCUGUGCCAUUCGAUUCAAACUAUAAAGGUAGAUUUUAUGAAUCUAAACUCUUUAUCUAGUGACAGACAUUGACACUAUGAUUUGGUCAAAUUUUCUACCUCUACCAUGUCAUAUAUCCUUUUGCAAAAAUCCUUAGUAAUAGUUUUAACCUGUAACAGUUAGGCAGAUUUGACUACUGCUGAAGAUGGCUGUAUGCUCCAAGUUCAGCUUUGAAGGACAUGGUACACAAGUCCUAGUGGUGUAUUCCAGAGUCAAACAUUGUUCUCUAUACUUGCCUUUAAUGAUGUUUCUACUUACUUACUACCUCAGAGAAGAGACAGGUGACUGUCCAUCUAACUGCAGAGAAAAUGUCUGUGUAGAGUUUUAUUUUUGUCAGAACAAGCACAUGUACUUUGUAGCUCCAUAGUUUUUUACUGAGGUUAGCUCACAGCAGAAUUAUGUCUAGUGCAACAAGUACCACAUUGCCUGGCAGGUCACACUGCAUCAGUCCUGUUUUCAGUGUCUCUGCCUCUUCAGUCUGGAAUGUUUACUCUGUUUAUGAAUCUGGGUCUCAGUCUAAAGGAAUUCCACAGUUGCAUGUUGGAAUGUACAGACAACACUUUGGCACUGUGUUUGUUCACUCGGAGCUUGAGGGAUGGGUCAUCGUUUCAUUAAGUCAUUAAGUUGCAAAAGAAAAUGGUUUGACUGUCCUGCCUGUAAAAUGCUGUUUUACCGCUGCGGCCUGGUAGUAACGUUAUGUGUGUGCCACGUUAGGCUCUUUGUCGAACAUGACAUGCACACACACACACAAUGCCGACUAUGUUGUGUGUGUGUGUGUGUGCAUGUGCAUGGCAACGCACCCAGCAGUUUGAACUGGGAGAUGUGUGAAUAAAACUCACCGACAUUCACCGUCUUCUUUCAGGUUAUGCAGAUUUCUCAUGAACAGUCCCAUGUGGCCUUGUAAAUGGAAUUCGUCAGUGUUGCCUGCCAUCAGACUUACUCUCCUCAUGCCCGCGUCUCACUGCCUCUCUGAUCUCUAACAACUCUAUUUGUUGUUGGCGCACACUUUUAGACAGUCUCACCUUAGAGGCGUUGAUGGUGUUACAUUCCGUUGUUCACAUGAAAGUGACAGAAGUAGUUUAAAAAAGAGAGCUUGGGAGAGACAGCUGACCAAUCACUGCAUGAAGUGGCCGUGAUUGUUGGAUUGUAUAUUUUAGAACAUAGCAAAUAUUGACGGACUCCCUCAUUCCCUGCUUCAGCUCUGAAGUAGAAUGGGGUGUUCAGAUGCACUUAGAGGAUCCAACAAGCAUUUAUUUUGAAGCAUACCGAAGUCCUUGAAAUGACCCAGGUUUACAUUUCACUGAAAAGGACGUCUUGUGGCUUGAGCAAGUCAGUCCAUUUACCAUGGUUUAAAUGAGCGUUUGACUCCAGAACCUUGAGUCAUUAACAUGUUACAUUAUGUGGUACAUGUCUGCUGUCGCUGCAUUGCUUAGGACAUAUUAAGAUGUGGCAGCUUGUCUGCAAAACAACACUUGACACGUUGAAGCAUUCCAGACUGAACGUAGAGAAGCGGUGGAGAGCUGAGGAUGCCAGGAUUCAUUUCACUAAAUGAUCAUCCAGUACUGUUGUGUUGCUUGCAUUUAGGUCGGCUCUGAGAACCACUACAAUGCAGGUUUCGACACCUUUAACUUAGAUAUAUUUUGCGUUAGGUGUUUGUAUUAUCACUUAAUAGAUUUUAGAAGACAGUGAAAAGAAGUCCUUUUCUGAUUGUCUGAACAUAAAGUAAUAGAAAAUAAAUUAAUCUUUUGAUUUC